GCGUGUGGGCUGCCAGUGUCGGUGAAUUGUGUGGAAUACUAUAGUACGGAGCCACUACUACUAGGAAUUGGGCUGGAGUAGUUACCGCUCUAGCUAGUAGUAAAUAGGAUCCUACACAACCUUAGUGGUCGCGCGUGUGUGUGUGCAUUGGCGUGUGUAAAGCUGUGAGUUGUAGCUAGCAGAUGCUGCGUCGAUUACGCUCCUAUAGUACAGGGAGCUGUGCAUUUGCUUAGUGGCAAGGCAAAAAACAAGAAUCUCUAACCAUCCUACAGCCUCCAACUUGAAAUAGGCGGAAGAUUUUGUGAGAGAAAGCGAGAAAAACAAAUGGAGAGAGAGAGAGAGGAGAACCAAUAUUCCAACAAGAAGAGAAUCUGUGGUACAUUGUGUUUCAUCCGUUGGAAAAUAGCAAAAGACAUACAGUGUGCAUAACGGAGGGCCUCGAGCCAUCAGGCAAAUCGCUACAGUGAGAAGCAUUAAUCAAACUCCGCGAUGGCUGCUGCGGAUUUAAUAUUAUUGCAGUGCCACGCUAUGGGUGGACGUGUCCUCCGGUGGACAUGUGCUUUGUGGAUCUUAACGCCGUGAGGUGAAUGCAUUUACUAGUGUGUGUGAGUGGCUUUGUGUGUGUGUGCGCAAAUUUCAAGACGCGCGUUUCUGGCCUUGGCGGUCGUAAAGCAAGAUAAAUAAACCAUAAACCAGUAGGGUAGUCUAAAAUUGGCCCUCGCCAAAAAAAAAACCAGCUCAUAUCCGAACCUUACGACGUUACGGGUUUAUUUUGUGGCAUAGGAGAAACGCCAUCCAGUUUUUGUGCGGAGUUUGUGUGUGUGUGUGCGUUUUUGUUGAAACGCCCGAAUUGGGCUGAGUGUUACGGAGAAGAAGAUUGGAAACAGUGACAUCGAUCGAGUUUCUAGCGCGGUGCGUUCUCUACCCUCGAUCGGCAGUGGUCGGCAGUGUGAUGGAGCUGCCCCAGAGUAGGUGGUGGCGCUGGCGACGGCGCCAUUUGCUAACGGGAUCGUUAUUGGUGCUGGUUUGUUUGUUGCUGGUGCUCGAUCCUGCACCAGUGAAUGCCGACCCGGACGAGGAUAUUCCGCACAACGAAGUACGAAACUGGGCCAUCCGUUUCGGUGUCGAUCUGUGGGAGUUUGGACGACAGUUUACCAAAGUGAACGACAUCAGAAGUCGCUUCAAGGACUCGGACGUGGACGUGACCAGGAAGGAUGGCAUCCUGCUGCUGCGCGAGCUGGCAGCGGAAGUGAAGAACUUUAUGGAUUUCAAAAUGAACGCCGUAAUGCGAAUAAUGGAUUCGGCGGAACAGGCCGCGUUGUCCGAGUCGGAUCCAGAGUCGGCCACCUCGAAAUCGCACCCGAGCGGAUUCUACGAUGCACGGCGCAUUAAUGAGUAUCAGUCGGACGGCCGGCUGGCGGAGGGUUCGCGGCAGAUGUUGCUGCGACAUAUGCGUCGGUUUGAGGGCUACCCGGUCAAUAUUAGCCUCAGCUCGGUGCUGCUACCGGCCGGUGUUAGCCUGGACGAUCCGGAGACACAGAGCGCCAUCAAGUGGUCGUCCCAUCUGGAUCCACUGUUUGCGAACAAUAUUGAGCGGGAUUCGGCCCUGUCGUGGCAGUAUUUCGGAAGCAGCACCGGGUUCUUGAGACGAUUCCCGGGCACGGCCUGGCCACCGGAAACAUCCUAUGGCAGCAAGGAGAUCAACGACUUUCGUUCGGAAGAUUGGUUCAUACAGGCGGCUUCCUCACCGAAGGAUGUGAUAAUUCUUCUCGAUUCGUCCGGUUCGAUGAGUGGCAAGGAGUACCAGCUAGCGGUAGCAACCGCCAGCGCCAUCUUGGACACACUCGGCGAUGAUGAUUUUUUCAAUUUGAUCUCAUUCUCGGAUCAGGCACGAGUGAUUGUGCCCUGCUUCCAGGAUAAAAUGGUACGAGCCACCCCGGACAACGUGAAGGAAGUGAAGACGGCCAUCAAUGCGGUGGAGUGUGAAAAUACGGCCAAUUUUUCGGCUGCCCUUGAGACGGCUUUUGAGCUGCUGCGCAAGUACAACCAAAGCUCGCAGGGCAGCCAGUGCAAUCAGGCCAUUAUGCUAAUUACCGAUGGGCCGAGCGAUACGUUCAUGGAGGUGAUCAAGCAUUACAACCAUCCGCAUAUGCCGGUACGCAUUUUCACCUACCUGAUCGGGACGGACAAGAGCGGUGGAAAAAAUCUCUAUAAAAUGGCGUGCGAAAAUAAAGGUUACUUCGUGCAGGUAAACAGUGCGGAGGAGGCACGCAAGAAGGUGGUUGAGUAUGCGCUAGUUAUGGCACGUCCGAUGGUACUGUACCAAGCGGACCAUCCCGUCCACUGGAGUCCAGUGUUUAUGGGCGGUCGCAGUGGUAUCCUUGGGCGAGAGAGUGAAAAUCGCCGCAAGCUAGUUACUACCGUGUCGACACCCGUGUUUGAUCGAAGAAAUCACUCGACCCGGGCGGCCAACCUGCUCGGUGUCGUGGGUACGGACGUUCCGAUUGAGGAGAUCCAGAAAAUGAUUCCCCAGCACAAGCUGGGCGUGAAUGGGUAUGCGUUCAUCGUGGACAACAAUGGACGGGUGCUGUGCCAUCCGGAUCUGAGGCCACUGAGCGAUAACGAUCAGUACAGUGCGACACUGAAGCAUAAGUACAAUUCGGUCGAUUUGACUGAGGUCGAGCUGCCGGAGGUGGACAAUCCGAGUAACACCAUCAACGAGCGGCACGACCAGCGUUACGCCAAUACGCUUCAGGAGCUCCGCAAUGAGAUGGUUCUGCAGAAGGAGGGCGAGAACGAACUCACUGUACUGACGCAUCUGGACACGAUGAAGCGUGUGUCCUUGCGCUUUCAGAAAUACUUUUAUGGCCCGAUCGAUGGUACACCUUUCUCGUUGGGAAUUGCCCUGCCCGAUUCGUACGGUGUGCAUGAGCUGAAUGCCCAGCAGGAGAUUAGGCAUUCCCAUAUAAAUGUGACGGAACAUUUUAAGGGCAACAACUGGAAGGUACAUCCCGAUUGGGUGUACUGCGAGUACAACAGCCUGAAGGAUGCGGACGGCAAUGGCGAGGGUACGGAGGAGACCACCUACCGGGAUAAGGACGAAAGUUUCGAUACGCCCGAGGAACAGGUGCUCCACUUUUUGGCCCGUGUCGGCAGGCCCGGUUGGAAGUGGAUGUCGGUACGUCCACGAUCACCCCAACCACACCAUGGACACGGUGGCAUUGCGGUCGGGCACUAUGCUCAGCACCACUUUAACAUGCAAGGUUCGCGUAAAGCGGAACCGUACUAUUGCGACCGUACCCUCGUCCAGAGUCUCGUGCGGGAUGCGAUCGUAACCGAUGGGCUCGAUCGUGCGUCAAGUCAAUCGCGGAAGGAAGAUCGAAGCCCCAUUGCCACGUUGAUGGCAUUGCUGCACAGUCGGCUUGGAUUCAGCAUGUUCAGCGUGAAGACAACGUUCGUCGCAACCCGAUCGGGACUGUUGCGCUGGAUUGAUCAUUUACCCCAUUCGGAGGACUCGUCCGAACCACACUUUAGCGAAACGAACGCGAGAGCAAUGGAUAUGAGCUGGUACAAGCGGGCGGUCGAUCUGUACGCCACCGAACCGGAAGGAUUCGUGUUUAGCGUACCUUUCAAUUCUGGAUACUCCGGCAAGAACAGCUCCACGCUGGUGACUGCAAGUCACGCCAUCUUCAUCGAUCAUCGGGGCCACAAGGCACCGGCCGCCGUGGUCGGAUUACAGUUUAUGCACGAGUCACUGUUCAAGCACUUUAUCAACAUUACGUCAAAGUGUACCGCUUCGACGACCUGCAAGAAGAACUGUGCGUCGGACGAGCUCGAUUGCUACCUGCUGGACGACAAUGGGUUCGUUAUACUGUCCGAGCGAAGUGAACAUACGGGCAAGUUCUUCGGUCAGAUCGAUGGUACGAUUAUGGAUUCGUUGGUGCAGGACCGUAUCUAUCGGCGGGUACCGCUGAUGGACUAUCAGGGCAUCUGUUCCGAUCGGGACAAUCCGUACACGGGUGCUAGCGAACCGCUGAAGCCGGUACGACCGAUGUCUUGGUUGCUGAAGUACUUUGUGUCGUUCGCAACGUACUGGUUGUCUGUGCUGCCUACACCGAUCGGUGCGUGGCAAAACUCGAACUACAACUACGACGGUACCGAUGAUCUGGAGGAGGAAGAUACGUACGAUUACGAGCAGCCGGACUACGAUCUACCACCGGAGCACAGUGACGUGACAACACCGGACUACGAUCAACGAUCUACCCCGACGCCACAACGUUCGCACACGCAGGCGGGACCACGCGUUGCACCGGAUCCGGCACAUGCACGGCCGUGUGAUCUGAAGACGGAUCUGUACGUACUGCAACCGGAACGCUUGAACUCGAGUGGUCAAAACAAUCCACUAAAGGGCAAGCUUACCAACUGUCACUCGUCGGGAUGUGAGCGUCCGUUUAGUGUGCAGAAGAUACCGAACAGCAAUCUCAUUCUGCUCGUGGUGGAUGUACUGUGCCCUUGCGGCUCCAAGCAGUUGGACAUUGAGCCGCAGGAGGUCGUUGGUGGUGCGGGUGCAUGCGGUGUGCGUCGUAUGGCGAAAGAGAAAAUGCUCAGAAAGCGUCCGGGUAAGUGCAUCAGCUACCAUCCGGAGGAGAUCGAAAUCAAGCAGUGCGGCACGGCGACGUCCCUGUUCCGGGCGUCCCUGUACACGACGAUAGCGACCUUUAUUGUGAUAUGGGUGUUGGCCAGCGCGUGAUAGGAAGCGUUCGUUGCAGUGCCAUUUUAAGGCGGAACAGUGUGUACGGUGCAUUUUUGUUGAGUGGCUUGGGUGGUUGCGGAACCUGUGUCGGCACCGAGUAGCAGUUGUGUUACGUUAUGCUUCCGUUUGUUGCGAUAAGUUUUGUGUGUUUUGUGAUUGCUGGAAGGACGAGUCUCAGCUACCGAUGACGUCCCGUGGGGACGUGUCAGCAGUGUCAGCAGGUCGGACACUACCAGAAGGAAUCUAAAAUCUACUAUUGCUAUGCUAAGGAAACCCGUUAUAAAUGUAUACAGUUCGGAGGCCAGACAGAAAGUUCGUUGAAGAGAGAAGGUCUCUCAUCCAUCGGAGAUCCAUCAUCGUUGGCAAACCUUUAAAGGAAAAAACCCCAAACUACUACCCAAUUAUCUGGCCUGGAUGUACGAGGAGUUUGUGUGUAAGAAACUUUGGAUCGCAGAUGGGCCGGAUGUGUUUUUUUUUGUACAUUAAAUGCAUGGGUAAACCUCCGUCAAGCGUUUCAGAGAGAGAAGCGCGUGAGAGCGCCGAGUUGGACUAAAAACACUACGCUCACUUAGUGUUCUUGGCGGUGGAAAAGAUGGCGGCGCGAUCUUGUUACGCGAGACGCACACUACAACGGUGACGAGAGAAAAAAGAGGAUUCUUAUUCUUAAGAGUUAGUAAAAACAAAUUGCAACACUAGUCGGUAAAGGAUAGACGAUGAGUAUUGUUUGUGGUCGGAACUGUUGUUUGUGGUGUGCUUAGAAGCUUCCCGGGGUUUUACUAUUAUGUGUUUUCGGCUGCAGAACGUUAAGCUUACCUGUUUAUGAAUCGAUGUUUGAUUUAACGAGCCUUUAGCUUUAUUUAUUUGCCAGAAGGAGGAAUCCGGUGCACCUUUUUUUAUUUUCAAACACUUUCGUCGUCUAUCGUAUAAAAAUAUGACCAAAGGAUCAUGCAAGAGAAGGAACUACAUAUGACAAGAAAAUACGGCCAAACGAGCAAAGCGAAAGCGGAACGGAAAACUGUAAGAUAAAUUCCCAAAAUUUUACUUGUACAUACCAGUAAUAAUUAAUACUCACGGAGAUAAGUAAUAGACGAUGGUACUGCAACAGCUACAGCGGUGCAACAUUGUGCGCACCGAAUCGAAUGCGUUCUAUUGCCAUCCUCUCAAGGUGGGUGUAAAACAGGGGGGAUUGGUUUCGAUGUGAUUAUCGUCAUACUAAUUGAUUGAAAAUUAAAGUACUAAAAAACACCCAACCAUCUACCACUACCACCAUAAGUGUGCGUGUGUGAAUGGGGGUGGUAAAAAUCGUGGCAAGCAAAACAACUUCUGGACAAUACGAAAAUAAGCAAAUCAACAUUAGACAUCAUCAUAAUUGAGCUGAUGAGGCGUGUAAAGGGUGGGCCCGUUUGUUGCAGUUCAUCACGUUUAACAAUCAUCUUUAGGCAAGUUACUAGAUUCAACUUCUCAUAUUCAUGCUAGAGCGCUACAGGAGGAAGGAAAUGUCAGAGUCUCAUCUAAUCAUGUACACACGUACGAACGAGCGAACAGGCACAAUUACAAUAACAACACAUGAACACUACACGAACACGUGACAGAGACAUGGGGUGUGUACUAAAAGCAGUUACUACUACCACUACUACUACUACUAGUUCCGGUUACAAUAAAAGAAACGGCCUAUUUGGGCAAGCAGUUUUUUUUCUUUGGUUUGUAGCUAAUUGUAGCUAAAUGUAAAUUGCACCGAUGCAGAUAGCAGAAUGCAGCAGCAGCAGCAGUUGUAGUAGCAUACAUCACCACACUCCCCGGUACGAUGGUUAGUGUUAGGUUUUACGACAUCCAGUGGAGAGAUUAGAGUGUGUGUGUGUGCGUGUGUAAACAACCCAAAAUCGUAUUUUACGUGUACAAGGGCUUAGCGAAAUGUUAGUUUGUGAUUGUUCUGUUAAGAUGACAAAACAAAAAAAAAGUGCUACGGUAAGCUUGUGAAGUUUGAGUUUUCAAGCCAAUCUGUAAGCGCGAAGCGAAAAAGCAAAGGUCCCACUUAGCCAAUACAACUCCGUUCCAUUGCUGUCAGUUGAUAGUCUCCUGUCACUUCUGUCACUGGCGAAAGGUUAGCCAGAGAUGACAGAGAGAGGGAGAGAGAGAGAGGGAGGGGGGAGAGCGUGAGAAGAGAGAUUAGUAAAUUAUACUUUCACUUGUGUCUUGGCUUGCGCUAGUUGAAUAAUUCUAUGACCUGAACGACGUGUGAAAUGUAACGAGCUUAGUUCCGGUACUUGCACUUGUGUUUAUCGUUAUCAUUGAGCAAAAAUUAAAACAGAUAGUGAGCAUAGAGAAGGGAGAAAAAACACAACAAACAAAUGACAGCUGUCAGUAACUGUCAGUAGGUUCAAACUGUGGAUUGUUUUGUUUAAUUAUUUGAAUGCAAAAACAAAAGUGAAUUAAGUCUAAAUCAUGCGAGUGCAUCUGGUUGUUAGUGACAAAAUUUAGCAAAUCCAAGUCUGUUUGAUUUCAGUGUUUGUCUUUCGUACAAUUACGUUGUAUAGAUGCCUAAAAACUAGCAGACAAAAAAAAAACAAUAUUUGGUGUUGGUUAAAUGGGGUUUCCUUCGAGAAUUUAAAUUAAUCCAAAAAUUUUGAGCUAGAGCUUGCGUUGUUUUACCAGAGCCGAUUAUAAGCAACACUGUUAAGCACGUACAGAAAUUAUGAAGACUUUGAAAUUGAAACCGCACGAUACAAAUGAACGAGCAGCAAUAAGCGAACGGUGGAUCCGAGCAACGAUCGUUACGAUGCAUUAUUCAUAUUUGCUUUGAGUGAAAAAAGAAAAACAGAGGAAUAAGUGAAAGAUAUAAUGAGGAACGAGACACAAAUCAGAAGGAACGAUUAUAGUAUACCAGAGUUGUUUCCUUCUUACUUUCCUUUCGCCCCCUUAAAAGAAAACACUCGGCAAGCCCUUUCGCCAGGAAGCCCUUUUUAUUAUGACAAAAGGAAAUGAAGAAAAAAACAGGGGCACACAACGUUCUACAAAUACCAUACUUUACACAUCAGGGUACGCAACGCAACAGGGUACGGCAGGAAAAAAUGCGAAUAUUGCAAAUUCGGUUGGGAAUUGUUUUUUUUUUAUGUGACACAUUACUGACUAACACUCAAAUUGAAGUAGUGCAGUAGUGAAAUUAUUUGAAAGAAGUGGAGCUCGUUGCUGCUCGUCCAAACAUCCAUGGAGAUCUUCAAGAUUUUUUUCAAGAAAAUUUUCAAGGAAGCUAAAAUUUCUGAAAAUCUAUCCAAAUUGAAAGAGGAAGCAAUUUCUAGAGCAAGAGUGAAAUUUCACCCGUUUACCUCCGAAGGAACUGACAAGUAACCCGUUCGCAAGGAUCGUUGCCUGAAGGAUAAAUUGAUAAUCCUAUUCUCCGACGACGAAAACCUGUUCAUAACCGAUCCUUUCAUUACACCAGACAAACUGGAGGAAUGAAGAAUUCGUAAAAAAAAUAAUUUGAGUGUUAAAUUAAGCAUCUGCAGCUGGACUUUAAGGAGCUUUGCAGAGUAAAAGACGAUUACUUCGAAGAUCAAAAGCGUUGUCCAGCGACAUGGUGAAGCGCUUUGUCAUAAGCCACUCUGAGCUCAGAAGAUGGAAACAAGUUUGGCUCUCUAGAAUUUUCGACCUUACACCUUAUUCAAGUUGGACAUCUAUUGAUGCACAGCAUCGCGAAACAGAUCACCCUGGUGGAAAGACCCUGACAUCCAUUAGAACACGCUCGUGGCUUGUGAUGUCGGAGGACUUCAUUGGGCAUCGUCUGCUGCGACUAACCUCCUUUAAAAAAUUGCUUUCUUUAAAUGGUUAAAGGCCUUAACAAAUCCUAAACCAUACAUUUUCGCAGUUUUUCCUGACAAACCCUGCGCAGUGGUCUCUUUCGAAACACUACACUACAUUACCAUUUAUACUGCAACGCUUGUACAUUUCACUUAUUAAGCAUCUAUACGAAACGUUUACGAGCUGACGCGGACUGACCCCGUGGCUAGUAUGUAUAGCAGCCGUCCGGAAGGCAGCGUCACUCACUCACUCACUCAAUCACUCACACUUACAUUACCGUUUUUCCCCAUAUCACGUUCACGCUCUCAUUGCUCUGUUCAUACUCUGUUUAACGACUAUAUUUCAAGUGGGAAUCAUCAAUCCGUGUGUUAGUGCACGCGUUAGUAGCUACGAGGUGAGGUGAAAGAAGGAAGGAAGGAGGAAGGAGUUGUCCGAAAAAAAUCGGGAAAGAAGAGAAGAAGCAAAAAGAAAAUGACGCAGAAACACGUAUGCGGAUAGGUAAAGAUCGAAUCGUACCGAUCCUAAACAAAAACUAACACAAUCGAACGGUGAGCAAAGGGGUGGGUGGGUUGAAAAGCCGGAAUAAUAAUUUUAUAUAAUGUCUUCCAUAUAGUACUGUAAUGUAAUGCAGAGUAAGCAAAACACAUAGUUAUAAACUACACAAGUACACGGCUCUACGGCUGACGGUGGCCGAAGGCGAUCUUGCUACAGCUUCACGCGGGCAGAAGCCAUCUGUGUGUGGAGUUGUGGCACGUUGAUCCUUCACGGUUCGCUCGUUUCCGGGUGCGAUUCUAGCUGGAGUAGGUUGAAAUCUAUCUAGAACUCCAAAUUGACAAAACAACGGAACGGUGUUUGUUUAUUUGAAGAAAUUAUAUAUAUACAUAUAUAUACACGUAAAAAAGUAUAGAAAUCUAAUACAAAAAACAGAUACACUCACACAAAACAAACACACUCUAGCUAGCGUUUAAGGUAUCUACAAUAUUUUAAAUGGAACCAUAGCUGACUCUCUGUACUGGCACGAACACGAAGAGGAAGAAGCGAAACAAAAACCCAGUUCCCUUGAUUGAAAAAAAUGGGGAAAAGCGAGAUAAAAAUCAAAAUCCCUUCAUUAUGAUGACACAAUGUGUAUUAUUGGUUCUUUAGUUUAAAAAAAUGGAUUCAUUUGCCUGCUUCUGUUUCGAAAGUCCCUUCGAAUUGAUUCAAUUCGAGGCAAAUUUGUGGUUUGCAAGGAAGACAACUUUUCCGUUCGCUUUGAAAAGCACAGAGAAAAUGUGAAAAGAGAACGCACGGCAAGCGAGAAAGGAAAGAAAGUACAGGCGAACAAAACUGACGUGAAAAUAAUUAGAUAGUUCGAUAUUGUAAUUGCACUUAAAACACAAGAAGGGAAGAAGACGAAGAAGAAAAAAACAGAUUAACAAAUAACAACAAGUAAAAACCCAUCAGACAUUAAACUAUACGAAAAUUCAUCCAGUAUGGAGAACGAACCAUAAGCAAAAGUGAAAACAAAACAACAACAGAAGAAGAAGAAAUACACAAGAACACAAAAUAGAAAGAGAAAACCAAAACACAAACAACUUUGUAAUUGGAGUUGAGUGAGAUGAAGCUCGAACUCGAACAGAAAAAAAAACAUUUGUAAAUAACUUCAAAUAAAAGCAAACAUUGAAAUCUUACAACUACACACACACAGACACACACCCAUACAAAGAGUAGUGCGACGAUGAGGAAACAACACACAAAAGAAGUAGUAAAACGAACAUUUCCGGUGUAAGCAUUGAACCAAUAGAACGAUGGUGAAGGAUACAGAUUUUUGUUGUUGAAAUCAGAAAAUGUACUAAUUGUACAUUAAAACCUUGUUAAAUGGAGCAGAUGAGCUAUCGUUAUGCGGGAUUUGUGUACUGCGGAUGGCAGCAUUUCAGGCGCAUUGACAUUUUUGUCAUACGCCUAAAGUUAUGCCUUACGCAUGACACUAACAUCCACUGGAGAAGCAUUUUCCUUGAGAAGAAAGCUCAAUAAACUGUUCGUUGGAUCAGUUUUAAGUUCCAGUCGUAUUGUGGUUGUGUGUGAAUGGCACAGUUCCAGAUUAGAAUAUAAUCUGUGGAGCAAUUACUUGAAACGUGCAUAUCAGUUGGUCAGGUUGUAUGUAUUUCUGUACGUUGCGUUGAAGGUCCGUGUAUUCUUGCGUUCUCCAAAAAUACAAAAACCACCCGAUUGUAAACCAAUCACAUAUCAGGAAUCAACACAUUUCAGCUCUGUAUUUCUAUCCUCUAUUUUAGUGAAUCAGGGUAAGCAUUUUCAUUUAUUUGGACAAAUGUUUCAAGAGGCACGCUUUAUUUAACAGCAGUACAGACUCACAGAGGAGCGAUUAAAAAACCACCUAAAAUCAAUAGCAUAUUCAAGUGUUAUGUUCUUCACACCAUCUCCACAAGAAUCCUUUGAACGAUAGGGAAGGCUAGAAAUAAAGUGUUAGCGAAGCAGACAAACCUUACCUUGAAGGUUUAAAAAAUUACAUUUGAGCAACAAAAUGAAAAGAGAGAAAAACAUAUUUGGAAACAUUUAAGUGUACAACCAAACAAAACAGACACCAUAGCAGACACACACCUUACAACACAUUCGUCGCCCAGAUCAACCAUCCGCAUACAAGGACGAUACCAAAAAAUGAAAUCAAUCACAACCGGUCUGGCCCUUACGUGAAGGAGCCUCAAUAUCGGACAGCAAAUGUACGUGAGGGAGCUAGGUGUUCGUGCUUUAGCGAAAAGUAUGGCUGCUGGUUGCGAAUCUGCAGCUGGGGAAGGUGAUAAGGUUGUUGGAAGUUGUAACAUAAGUUAAAAGCAACUCGCUCGAAAGCAUGGAUAAUGUUUUAAGCUGUAGGGCAAACGGAAAGUCAGUGAUGUUAAAUGUGUGAAAAAACAACAUCACGAAAGUGAGAGAAAAUCGGUUCACAUAAGAACAGGAAAACAUUAUUAGCGUACGAGAAAUAAGAAAACCAAACAAUGAAAAAAA